CAGAAGAGCAGUGUUGCACAUUUUAAAUUAAUCUAUCAUUUGGCUAAAUGAACAGUGAAAAGUAGUGAGCAAACUUAUGAUCAUUUAAAUGCUAAAAUUCUUGGGGGGUCUGGAAUUGUAUUAUUUAAGUGGUGAAGCACUUUAUAGUCUUCGUUUUUAAAUCAUUUUAAAAUGAAUCACAAACCAACAAGCCAUUUUAUUGUGAUGUGAUAAACCAGAACAGGAAAUUAUAUCACAAAGGGGCACUUGACAGACCUUGCUCAAGUUUUUAAAUAUUAAAAUAAUGAUUAUGUAUGUAAUAAUUUAUUUAUAGUGCAACCUUGGUUCUGACACUCAAAUCAAAACCAUUAUGGAAAAUGUUUUUUCAAACACAACACCAUCAUGAAUAUACAGCUUACAUUCACAAAGAUGCUUUUUAAACUAGAUUUGUUUUCUUUUUCAUCUUUGUCAUUGACCCUUAAUUACAUACAACAUCCCAACCCAAGACAACAGCAAUUAAAUGGAAGCUUUCAAAUGAGUGGAUAUACAUGAUGAAAUGCAAAUUCUGGUGGUUAUCUUGUGCAUAAAGGUCUGGAUUACUAAUGAAUGAGGAAGUCUAAAUGCCAAACUCUCCUGGGCAGGUUCAUCUACAUACCAAAGACUGUCAAGGUUACUUGCGCGUUGAAUAGCUGCAGAUCCCUCACAGGUGACAGAAAGCCUCUCCUGUGCUUCUGUCUCACUUUCCUUGCGCUCUACUUCCAUCCAGCGGCAGCCAUAAGUAUUUCUUGUAGAUAUGUGUGCCAUUCAUUUACUGUGUUGGACCUUUUUCUUCUUAGGAUUGUGAAUAUGACUCAAGGCACUCCAUGGUAAGAAGCUGAAUAUCUGCAGCGCCCACUACUAGAAACAAUGACUGAAAUCCUGCUGUUCAUCUCAGCCACGAUUCCUAGCAAUGUGCACUGCAGGUCAGAAACUGCAGGCACAUUUACAAAUGAAUGGAAAAUACUUGGAUAUGACAACGACAAGACCGUGAUUCUGGACAAAUACAAAGGACUGUGGAUGGAGUGCUCAGUAGACAGUUCGUCUAUUGUGCACUGCACAAGUUACAAUUCUCUCCUUCAUCAAACCUAUGAAAUCCAGGUGGGCCGAGUAGUAAUGAUCAUCAGCAUCAUCUUUUCAAGCUUUGCAGCGCUGGUGGCCAUUUCUGGUCUCAAGUGCACAAGAUGUAUAGAAGAGAACGAGAAGUUGAAGGAUAGAGCUGCCUUCUUAGGGGGGAUCCUUUCUGUGUGUGGUGGUCUGUUUGCAUUGGGCAUAACCAGCUGGUUUAUAUAUGGAAUUGUAGAUGAUUUCUUUCAGAAUGACAGAAAGACGGAGAGGUAUGUGGUCGGCAGAUCUCUGAUUGGUGCAUUUGUUGCAUCUGUGCUAUGUUUAUUCGGAGGCAUUCUCUUAUGCGCCUCCAGCGUGACGCAUCUACAAUCCAACAAAAUUCUCAGCAAGCAUCCGGUCUCCAUGGAUCCUGGAAAAGACUAUGUUUAAUGAU